UUCCUCUUCUGCAUUUUCACCCCGCUGUGGUAUAUUCACUUUAAAAGUCGCUCAAUCACGUAGCCUACCAAAAGCCGAAUAUACGUUUAAAUAUUCCUUUCUUGUUUUUCUUUCUACAUAGUGAGUGAUACAAGACGAUGUUUAAAUUUAGUUUGGGUGUCCUUCUUCCUCAUGUGCUUCUGCCGGUUAUGGUGUGCAAAUCAGAUAUUUCUUGUCGAAAUGAAGCUGGAGAACCUGUGGAUUGGUUUAUCAUAUACAAAAUGCCCAGGUAUAAAAUUGGAGAUGUGGGGAGUGGGGUUGACUACAUGUACCUGGACUCAUCAAUGGGGAGCUGGCAGCUAAGUAAGUUCACGGUCAACACCAGCCAAGGGGCCUUAGGGAGCACGUUAAAUCAGAUUUACCUGGGUCAAGGAUACAAGUCCAAUAGUUCUGUCUACACCUUCUACAAUGAUGCUCCUCCAAUCAUGGAAUAUAUCAAAGGCUAUGGCCACACUAAAGGAGUGCUGCUCGUCAACCACUCCCAGGGGUUUUGGCUCAGCCAUAGUAUUCCCCAUUUUCCUUUCUUUGCUGAUAAAGGCUACCUCUACCCCUCCUCUGGCAAAGUCAAUGGCCAGACAGCCCUCUGUGUGACUUACAAAUAUGAACAGUUCCUCCAAAUAGUCCAGCAGCUUGUUUACAUGAACCCACGUGUAUACAACUGCUCUAUGCCAGAGAUAUUCAAGAAAGAGAUGGCACCGUUGGCACAGUUUUGUAACGGUUUGGAGCCACCAUUGGUCUCAGAAAGGAGAAUGGUAGCUCUCCUAUCAGCCAAGGGGGAAAAAUUCAUCAGUUUUGCCAAGUCACAGCUUUAUAUUGAUGAUAUCUACACUGGCUGGGUGGCCCAGGUUCUGGACACUGAUCUGCUGGUUGAAACUUGGCAGCGACGGGACUCUGAACUGCCGUCCAACUGCUCCCUCACCAGACAUACCAUGAAUGUGAGAAGGAUCAGCCUCCCUGAGCAGUUAAAAUUCAAGUCCUACUACGAUCAUUCCAAGUGGUGUGUGUCUUUGGAGUUCCAAAACCCAUGGACCUGUUUGGGGGACCUGAACAGAGAGGGGUCCCAGGCAUGGAGGGGUGGGGGACUGGUGUGUUCAAUCAAUCCACUCAUAUACAAGGCCUUUCGCCAGGUUGUGGACUGGUACAUCAGCUGUUAGAUUGCCAGAUGGUUUACCCGCCCAAUAUCCAAUUCAUAUUGGAUCAUUCCAAGUAUUGUGUAACUUCUGCUAGAUAUUGCUGUACCUGUAAUACCGACAUAAAUAGAGGAGACAGCCACGAGUACAGACAACCAAGAUGUAUGUGGAUGGUGUUCCACACAGCCGUUGUUAGUCAUGCAUUUCUGUUGCCAUGCAUACUCAUGUACAAGACCUACAAACAGCACACAGUACAUACAAAUAUGUUUAAUUAGUAAAUGUUUCUUUCUUUACCACUACUUACUCAGUCUCCACUAGCUUUUCUUAUGUUUUAUAUUGUUUGUUCUUCAAUGUCAUGCUGGUUGAUUCUUGUGAAACCUAAUUUCAAUAAAUGUAGUACA